GUUCGAAAUGUUCGUUCACUGGAUUUUCCUGGUCUCCAGCGUAACGCUAGUUUCCUCCAAAGGGAUUCCGGGGCGCAUCGUGGGAGGGCACACUGUAUCGAUUCAAUCGGUUCCCUGGCAGGCUUCCCUGCUGAAGUUCGGCCGUCAUUGGUGCGGUGCCGCCAUCUACAGUGAAGACCUCGUCAUAACGGCAGCCCACUGCGUUCGAAACUCGUUCCCCGGCAUCUACUCCGUGAGAGUGGGCUCCACCUUCACCACCGUCGGUGGCCAGGUGGUGCGGGUAUCCCAGAUCCUGGCCCACGAGGACUUCGGCCCGAGCUUUUCCAACGAUAUAGCCGUCCUGCAGCUUCGCACUAGCCUCAAAUUGGGCAGCAGUGUGAGAUCCAUUCCCUUGGCGGACAGCACCCCGAAAGCGGGAUCUUCCGCCUCGGUCUUCGGAUGGGGAGCCAUUGGGCAUGAGAAGCCAACGUCCCAAUCGCUGCUCGAGGUCGAAGUGGACAUCGUGGAUAAGCAGAGGUGCCUCGGCUCGUACGGCCAAGUCCUCACCAAGGACAUGAUCUGCGCCGCCGCCCCGGGAAAGGAUGCUUGCUCCGGGGACUCGGGGGGUCCCUUGGUCUCCAACGGCAGUCUGGUGGGCAUCGUGUCCUUCGGAAUGAAAUGUGCUCAUCCCGACUACCCCGGCGUCUAUGCCGAUGUGGCCCAGCUAAAACCCUGGAUAUUGGGUGCUGUCCAACGACUUCAGUCCCGAAAAAAUUGAAUAAAUAAAUGCAAUGUAAAUACAUUUUAUAUUUUACAAUUACAAUAAAGCGAUAAAGGCCUUUGGGGAUUAAAACCUU